AGCGAUUGUCUUAUCUAUGUUUGGCUUCUCUUGUCUUGGCUUGCAUUGAUCUCAGAGCUUGUGAUCCGGACAGAAAACGCCAUGGAUGUGUCUCCACUUCUUGUAUUGCUGACAGGAUUUGUCUUUGUCUUCGGCUUAAUAGAUGAUAUCACAGGAAAGAAGAAGUAUGAAGCUGUCAUCACAAUUCCGCAGCUGAACUGGGUCGCCGCCUACCAAUACUGUCGGAGAGAGGGUGGCCAAUUGGCGACCAUCACCUCGAAGGAGAAGAACGAUGGCUUUAUCAUUGAGCUUAACAGGAUUCGCGGAUCCCUUGGAAACCCUGAACACUGCUACUGGAUAGGACUCACCAGUCUGGCCAACUUCAACUAUUGGUAUUGGAUGUCGACGGGGAAGGCCCUGGUUGACUUUAACGCUUGGGACUCCGGCGAACCUAAAUCGCAUACCGGGAGCCUCCGUUGCGCCUCUGCCGGCUAUAAAUCCGAAACAUCUUGGUUCUGGCAUUCCGCAAACUGCGAGAAUAUUUGUUACUUCGUCUGCGAAUAUCAAGGCUAAACUAUUUACUUUACUCUGGAGAAGUUAAUUUCUAAGUGCCUUACUAGCUUUUUAUUUUUUAAAUGUGGAACUAUUAGGGACAAUUUUCUUUAUUAUUACCUAUUAUUUAGCGGUACAAUAUAAUACUAUACAAACUUG